AUGGAGCUGUUCAAAGCCAAGUGGGAGACAGUGGGAAAUGCCGCCAGCCCGGCUGGUCUGUGUGGGGGGAACUCCCACCUUUGGGACUCCCACUGCCUUAAGGCAGCGGAGGCAAAAAUCGCCUUGAAGGCUCUAUUUCUUCCCGGCUAGACACCGCUGUUGGCAGCGGCGAGAGCCGCAGGAGAGUUGGGGAGCCGCAGUUCCGGCCGCCCAACACAAACUCGCGGCCGCCAUUUUGCCUCCCCUCAGCAGCCCCAGCCCCUCACCCCCCGGUCCCGCCACUGCGCGCGCGCGCGGGGGCGGGGCAGCGCGCGCGCGUGCGCCUCCCGCCGCUAUAUAAGGGCGGGCGCGGGCGGUGCCGGCGGCGCCGCAUUGCAGACGGGCACGGAGGGGGAAGCGAUGGCGCGGCCGGUGAUCCUCGGGCUGCUCAGCCUCCUCGGGCUCCUGGCCGCCGCCGUGGCCAGCCCUGUGCUGUGGCAGAAGGAGUGUGCCAAGGGGCCCGAGGUGUGGUGCCAGAGCAUUCGCACGGCGUCGCAGUGCGGGGCGCUCAAACACUGCCAGCAGAACGUCUGGAACAAGCCUGCCGUGAGCAGUAUUCCCUGUGACUUGUGUAAGGAGCUUGUGACAGUUGCUGGCAAAAUCAUAAAGGAUAAUGGCACUGAGGAUGAGAUCCGCUCCUACCUGGAAAAGACCUGCGAGUUUCUUCCUGACCCAGGCCUCGUCUCUGAGUGCAAAGAAAUUGUGGAUUCCUACCUGCCAGUUAUCAUGGAUAUGCUCAAGGAAGAGCUUGAUAAACCUGAGGUCGUGUGCAGUGCCCUUGCUCUGUGCCACUCCCUGCAGAAGCACCUUGCAUCAGUGAAGCUGCAGAAGCAGCUGCAGACCAACAAGAUCCCAGAGCUGGAUUUCUCUGAGCUGGCAUCCCCGUUCAUGGCUAACGUGCCUCUUCUCCUCUACCCUCAGGAGGAGAAGCCCAAGCAGAAGCCUAAGGCCAGUGGGGAUGUGUGCCAGGAUUGCAUUCAGCUGGUCACUGACGUUCAGGAGGCUGUGAAGACAAACUCCUCUUUUGUGAAAUCCUUGGUUGCUCAUGCCAAGGAGGAGUGUGACCGUUUGGGACCUGGCAUGUCUGAUAUGUGCAAGAGCUACAUCUCUGAGUAUUCUGACCUGGCCAUCCAGAUGAUGAUGCACAUGCAACCAAAGGACAUUUGUGCCAUGGUUGGGUUCUGUCCUUCUGUGAAGUCUGUUCCCCUUCAGCCUCUGGUGCCAGCUCAGGUGGUUCAUGAGGUGAAAAUGGAAAUUGUGGAGAAGGCCACAGUCCAAGAGAAGGAGAAGACUUUUUCCUUGUGUGAAAUCUGUGAGACCAUGGUGAAAGAAGUGACUGGUCUCUUGGAGAGCAACAAGACAGAGGAGGAGAUUGUGCAUGAGAUGGAGGUGGUGUGCCGCCUGUUCCCGGGCAGCGUCAAGGACCAGUGCAAGGACUUCAUCGAGGUCUAUGGCCAGGCUGUGAUUGACAUGCUCUUGGAGGCAACAAAUCCUGAAGCUGUGUGUGCCAUGCUGAAAUGCUGUGCAGCCAGCAAGCUCCCCCAGCAGCCAGUUGUGGUGAAACCUGCAGGUGGCUUCUGUGAUAUCUGCAAGAUGGUGGUGGCUUAUGCAGACAAAGAGCUAGAGAAGAAUGCCACGACAGCUGAAAUUGAAGCUUUGCUGGAAAAAGUCUGUCACUUCCUGCCAGAGUCUGUCAGUGAGCAGUGUGUGCAGUUUGUGGAACAGUAUGAACCCGUGGUUGUGCAACUCUUGGCAGAGGUGAUGGAUCCCACUUUUGUUUGCACUAAACUUGGAGUGUGUGAGUCAGCUAAAGAGCCUCUCCUGGGGAAUGAUGCCUGUGUCUGGGGUCCGGGCUACUGGUGUAAGAACAUGGACACUGCUGCCCAGUGCAAUGCUGUUGAUCACUGCAAACGUCAUGUGUGGAACUAGAAGAAGAAUUUCCAGUUCUGAAAGUUUGCCAUGGCUCUUAGGAAAUGUGGGCCGAGGUUGGCAGAGAGCUGUAUCUCACCUGUCCCUCCUCUCUGCCUCAUUAACAAUUUGACCUUCAAGUUCCUUUGUUGUAACUCUUCUGUAGCAGUGCUGCUGUUGAAGGAUCAGAUUUUCAUUGUUGACUUAACAAAGAUACUUCUGAUUGUACAGUUUAACCCAUUAUGCUCCUAAAAAUAGUCAGUGUGUUGUAGAUUUUUUUUUUUUUGAAUUGGUAGGCUGAAGUGUUUAUGUGCUGGGAAGAAUGACAGAGAUUGUGAAAUGAGACAACGCUCUUAUCUUUUCAUUUUUAAAAAAAGAGCAAGACAGCAGCUAAACUUUCAAAUGUCUUUCUGUAGGCAGCAUUGGGAAGGUUUUACAUGCUUUGCAUUUUUAACAUCUGGCUGGAAUGUUUAUUUUCUGUGUAUGGGAACUCUAAGGGAUAAUGUUGAAUCUGAGAAUCCUUUUGGCUGGAAUUUUCAAAGCUCUGCAGAUGCAGAGGAGUGGGCUUUGUGUGCCCUGCUACCUUUCCAAGUCGCUGAUAAUUAAAAAGAUGCAUUUGAAUGAUCAGCCUUUUGCAUUUGAGUGACCACGCUUGUGGCUCGUGGGGUUGUUCUAGCUAAGGAAAACCCUCCCCCAGCCUUUGAUCACAUCCUUCUGAUUUCCUUGGGCUGCUCAGCCCCAGCACGGGUGUUUGCUGCCAAGCCCAGUCCCGUGGGAUGUCAGUUUCCUGAAGCAUGCUGGUGUACCUGAGGCAUGACUCCCUUUUUCCUUAUCCUGGUUGCUCAAUUCUGCUUGGUCUUGCAGCUUCCCACAGGCAGCCAGCUGGGUGCUGAGGAGGUAGCAUGAGCUGGCACUGAAAGAUGGAGGAGGAUCAAGCCAGCAGGAGCUGGGAAUAUGUCAGAGGGAGCUCAGCACCGAGGGUGGAAGUUGUGGAAAAACGGGUUUUAUUGUAACCUGUUUGUUCCCUGCUCUGCUUUUCCUCUCACAGCACGUUUCAGUCAUCUAAAGCUUGAGAGGUGCUGUGAGGCCUGGGGGCACCUCCCACUGCUGCCCACCCACUGUCCCUGACGCCCUGCUGAGUAACUGCAGGUAUGGAUUGUUACCCAGAGCUCCCAUUCCUGCUGGGAAAUGCAGCAAGCACAGAUGGCAGGUGCUAGGAGCACUAGAGGAGAUAUUUAAAGCUCUGCUGGCACACUUGACAGCCUGCCUUUCACACCUCUCUGAAAUUCCACUGAAAUGGCCUAAAAUCCCC